AUGACUGAGGAGACCAAAGCCCCAGGCAUGGAUGUACCAAUUGCAGCCCCAAUUGUGACCACAGACGAACAGAACUUGGUUGUGUCUUUCCUCCAGUUUAUCCGCCAGAAAGUUUCGCACAAUCAAGCUACUCCAGAACAGGCAGAGGCUCUUGAAGUUGCUAUUCAAUGCCUUGAACAUUCGUUUGCUCUGACUGAUGCCUCUUAUGCUUUCCAACCAUCCCGUCCAAUCCUUGAACUGUUCAAGAGUGCGGAAGGAGUUCCGGAGGGAGAAAACUCUAUGCCAACUCCGAGCGAAGCUGAUAUUGCACAAGCCAACAAAUUAAAGGAGGAAGGAAAUGAUUUGAUGAAAGCCUCGCAAUUUGACGCCGCUGUUCAAAAAUACAAUGCAGCUAUUAAGCUUAACAGAGAUCCAGUCUACUUCUGUAACCGAGCUGCUGCUUACUGCCGUCUUGAACAGUAUGACCUAGCUAUCCAAGAUUGUCGAACUGCACUCGCUCUUGAUGCAUCUUAUUCGAAGGCGUGGGGAAGAAUGGGACUUGCCUAUUCCUGCCAAAACCGUUACGAGCAUGCUGCUGAAGCGUAUAAGAAGGCAUUGGAACUCGAACCAAACCAAGAGAGCUACAAGAACAACCUUAAAAUCGCCGAAGACAAACUGAAGGAGGUGGAAAGCGCACGCCCAGCUCAGGGAGCCAACCCGUUGGCUGGACUCUUCGGAGCUAUGGGAGGAGGUGGUAUGGGAGGAAUGCCCGGAAUGCCAAACAUGAAUGCACUUCUGAGCGAGCCAGGGCUCAUGGAAGCUGCUUCCCAGUUGAUGAAUGACCCAGGACUCUCUGGAAUGUUCCAAAAUAUGAUGUCCGGACAAGGAUCCAUUGCUGACCUGAUGGCUGCUGGUCAACAAAUGGCUGCUCGUAUGCAAGAAACGAAUCCAGAACUUAUCGAAAAUCUCCGGCGACAGUUUGGACCAGGAGGAGAAGGAGGUCAAGGAGGACCACCACCACCAUCAGCUCCACCACAAUAA